CCUAUUGUAUGCUUGAAACUGCUGCUGGUGGUAGUGGUAAUAACGCUGGAGGGUGGUACGAUAUAUCACACCGAUCACCAGUGGCUAUGUCCCUGAACGCUCCAUCUCCAGUACAGCCGCCUCCGCCGCCGCCCACGCGAUCAUCGGAUCCCUUCACUAGUCAGCCCUUUCCACAGCAGGGCCUUGACGCUUCUUUUUUUGAUUAUGACGAUGGUGGUGCUGGGAUGGUUGUCGCGGAUGAUGAUGAUGAUCCUCUUGCUGAGGAUCCCGAGUCACCACCUGGAGGAGCAUGGAAAUUGCUAUACUUACAGGAUCAGUGGCAACAGUUGCAUAAUGCCUUGAGGAUAUGUGCUGAGCAGAUAGGUGUUAAUGCAGCCCAGUUAGCGUCUGAUACGAUACCACUUAGCAGGUUUGAUAAGGUAUCAACAUCUCUGCGUAACCUCCUUAAACAAGUGGAGGAUUUUUGUAAACAGUUGGAGGACCAAAUAGAUACCAUCACUCCUGAGUUUGAUAGGUUCUAUCGCCUAGUGCAAGGGUAUGAGGAUGAAGUAAGCUCCUAUAAGGCAGCGCGGCAACAGGCUGUUGAGGCUCUCGAUAAGGUUACUAAUGAGAGGGAUCAUGCACGGAAGAUGCAGAAGCUGGAGGCGGAUACUAAGGAGAGGAUAGCCAAGCUGUUGGAUAUUGAAGGGAAGGCGAAGGUUGAGGCACUGGCCUUGUUGGAGACAGCUAAGAAGGACCGUGAUAGAGCACUGCUUAAGGUACAGUCCGAACAGGCUGAUAAAGCCGCUGCACUAAAGCUAGUAGAGGAGGCGACAGCGGCUCAGCGUGCAGCUGUUGCUGCAUCAGAGAAGGAUAAGCAGUUGCGGGAGACUGCUCAAAAACAGGCAGAUGAUGAGAGGAGGCAGCGAAGGGAAACAGAGAAGACUUUGGAGACUGAGAAGAAGGCUCGGGAUGAGGUCGCCCAAAAGUUGGAGGAUGAGAAGAAGCUACGAGCAGACCAGGACCUUAGUGUCGAGGAGUCUCAGAAGAAGAUAGAUGAGCUGCAGAGCGCUAUCGAUAAGGCUGUGGCUGAUAGGGAUGAGGCCGUGUCCCGGAUAGAGGCUGCUGAGAAGGCUGCUGAUGAGGCGGAGGAUGCCCAGAAGAUCGAUAUGCAUAUGCGACAGAAGGCAGAGGCCUCUUUAGAAGACUUCAAGCAGAAGCUUAAGGAGGCGCAGGAUAAGGCAGCCCAGAUGAAGGAAGCAUCUGAUUCCCUGGAUGCAGUCACUGCCGAGAGGGAUAAGCUGCAUACUGAUCUAGAGGCGGCUCAGAAGGCACAGGAGGAUCUCAACGCUAAGUUCAAGGAAGCAUCCGAACAGAUAGCACAAUUGAGUAAGGAUGCUCAAGAGCUCCCUCAAGUGAAGGAGAAGCUUCAACAGAUGGAGGCUGAACUGAAGAAGGCUAAAGAGACCACUGACGCUGCUGUGAAGGAGAAGGCUGAUGCCGAUGCUGCUGCAGCUAAGGCUAGUGAUAGAGCGAAAACAGCAGAGCAGUCAGCUACUGAGUCUAAAGGCCGAUUAGAAGGGCUCCAGCAAGUGUUGUCUGGGGAGAGGCAGAAGUUGCAAAGUCUUCAACAAGAGUUGGAGAACGUCAAUAAUGAGCUUACCCAGACCAAACAGCAACUCGAUACUGAGAAGACGGCUCGAGCCCAGGCUGAGAAGGAUCUCAAGGCUCUGAAUACUCAAGUACAGCAGAAGGAUAAGGACCUUACACAGGCCCAGGCCCAGCUGAAGGCUGUACAGAUAGAGAAGGAACAGUUGCAGAAGAAGGCGGAAGGUGGGAGUUGCCUUAUGGGUAGUUCUUCGUCGUAUAUGAUGAUGAGCUCAGAUGGGCGCAAUGCUAAGGAGGAUCUCACACGGCAACUUGCUGAUGAGAAGAAGAACAGUGCUGCUGCAAAGAGAGAUGCUGAUAAGCUAGCUGGGCAGGUGGAUGACUUGAACCAGAGAGUUGCGGAGGCUAAGAAUGAGGUUAAGGAGGCUAAGGCCCAGACGGAGGCCGAGAAGAAGGAGCAUGCUCAGACAUAUAAGGCUUACGAGAAGGAGAAGGCUGAUAGGGAGAAGGCUGUAGCCAAGGUCAACGAAGCGGAGGGCAAAGCUAAUGAGGCAACUAAACAGACACAGGCCGAGGUAGAGCAGCACAAGCAGACUCAGAAGGCGUACGAGGCCGAGAAACAAGCUCGUCAACAGGCAGCAGCAGAGGCAGAGAAACAGAGUCGGGCUGCUGCUGAGGCCCAGGCUAGAGCUAAUGAGGCAGAGCAACAAGGCAAGGCUCUUGAUAGAGAGCUUGCUGGUUUACGGAAGCAAGUGGAAGAUCUGAACCGUGCUAAGAGCGACCUCGUGGAGCAGAUGAGGACUCUGACGGCUAAGUCGAAGGAGACGGAAAGCAAGCUGAAUCAGAAGAUUAAGGAGGUUACUGAUGCCAAGGCACAGGCGGAUAAGGAAGCUGCAGCACAGAAGUCUCGGGCAGACUCUCAGAAGGCUACGAAUGACAAGAUGCAGAAGCAAAAGCAACAGACUGAUGCUGAUUUGGCCAAUACUACUAAGGAACUGGACACGCAAAAGGAACAACGGGCUGAGCUGGAGAAGCAAUUAGAUGCUUCCAACCGACAGAAGGAGAGGGCUGAGAGGGCUUAUGAGGAUCAGUUGAAUACCCAACAGGAGCUACAGAGGCAAAUCGAUGAGAUGAAGGCUCAGCAGGCAAAGGCGCAGAAGGAUGCCGAGAUGGAGCGGAAGAGACAACAUGAUAUGGCAGAUCAGUUGAAGCAAGAGAGGGAUCAGGCAUUUGCUCAGCUGCAUCGACAGCAGUCUUUAGCUGCUUCGACUACUACUCCUCCUCCUACCGCUGCCGCUACCCCAGGCAACAUCCAGUAUCCAAUGAAUCAGCCGCAACAUAUGAUGAUGCCGACGGGUUCAUGGUCAGCAGCACCUCAGCAAUACCCCCAGCAGCAGAUGGCCUGGGGAGCAUCUCCUAGUCAAGUGCAGGGAGGCUAUGCAGUACCUCCUCCCCAGACUCUACCACCGACCCAGCCACAGAUGAUGCCAUCAGUGCAACAGGCUCCUCCACCACCAGCAGCUCACAACGCUGCGCCUUCGCCGUCUAAUCCACCGUCAUCCACACAGUCUCCUGAUGCGAAGCAAAACUCGGCCAAAGCCGAUACACCUCAUUGAGAUGCUGGGGAGUAGAGGUCGAGCUGAAGGCCAGGGCGAUGAGAGCCUAUUGAUGCUCGGAUCUCAGAGUUUCACUUUCAUAGUACUAUGUCAAUUGCCGGC